AUGAAACUUGCCUGUCUUCGCUGCAAGCGCAAGAAAAUAAAAUGCGACAGAGCGGAUCCUGUAUGCCGACAGUGUGUGACUGCUGCGGAGGAGUGUCAAUAUGUCGAGCGCCGCAAAAGACCUCGCGUUGCACAGCAGAAAAAUGUUAUGGAGUACUUGAGUCAGCGACUCGAACAGCUUGAGAAGCAUGUCAGUACCUCGGGUGAACCGGAUUCAUCGCCUGGCUCUCUCCCAACACCGCAGCGGGAAGUAUCACAAAGAACACCACCUUUGUCGUCUCCCGAAGCCCCCUUGACUCUGGCAGAUAGUCAGGAAUCAUGGAUUUAUCGACUUGCUACUGACACGCGCCGGAGCUUCCAAAACCAAGCCACUCCGGUCAACACCCCAGGACCAAGCAUAAACAAUGCCAUGUUAUCGCUCAAUGAUGCUCUUGAAGAUCUUGGUAGACUGAGAGUGCGUACCCAAGCUCACCAUGUUGACUUUGAUCUCUCGCCUGCGAGAUGUCGAGAAUGUAUAGAUACCUUUGUCCAUGUAGCGCACUCGAUGGUUGUGCCGGAUGUUUCUCUGGGUUCCAUGGUUGACCUCAGUGUUUUACGCUCGCUUCCAGAUGUCAUCAACUCUCCUUAUAUCAACGUCGACCCUGGAAUGCGUGUUCUGUAUUACAACGCACUAUAUUAUGGGUUGCAGGAUACUGAAGGACCGGGAGCUGAGGUGACGAUGAAAGCAUACAUGAAAGUCCUCGAAAGUGUACCAGCGUGGCUUGAGUCACCAAGCAAGACUGAUAUGGACGGAUUCACAGCCUCUCUUAUCACUUGGACCUGCAUUACCAUGCACGACUAUCCGCUUGCCUGGAAAUUUCAUUGCAAGGUAUGCCAGCACCUCAUGUCCAACGGCAUAGACCAGCUCGACAGUUCACCAGCAAAAUCGUUUACCGAUGAAGACGAAAGAGACCGCUAUCGAUAUAUUUAUUGGCAUACUUUGUGCAGUGAUAUCGCGUUUCGCUUGUUCUUCGGGAAACCAAAGGUCUUGAGAUGGGUGCCCAACAAGAUUCGGCCACCACUUACCUUUCGUGGCGACAAUAUGCACCCAUCCGCUCUUCGUGUCACAAUUGGCGUCGUGUGGGUACGAUACACGCUCUUGGCUGAAGAGUUGAUUGGCUAUGUCGACAAACAUGCGUCGAAUGGCCGGGGAGAUGACCUCUUCAAGAAGGCCGACGAAUGCUGCACACAGCUUGAAAGCCUCGUUGCUGAGUGGAAGCUUGAACAGCUCAUGAAUGCAGAGGACACUCCUAUUGACAUCCGCUGUAUGCUUGCUGAUCAUACCAUGAAUAUUUACACCUAUAUAAUUGGAAUACAGAGGCUAGUUCAAGCGGCCGUACGGGGAAAUUCCGCCACAGCAGUUAAACCGAGUCCAUUUGCUGUUCGAGCGUCUCGAAAAGUGUCCAGUAUCAUCCUCGACUUCCAUACUGAUCCCACCGUGAAUUCAAAGUCUAAGAGCAUCACCAAUCAUUUCAUCACAUUAUACCCCUUCUGCGUAGUUUUCACCCUUUACGAACAAAUACUCGCAACAUACAACCCCGAUGACUGCGAGGGUGACAUGCAGACACUGGAGAGUAUUGGAACAGCUAUGAACGAGGCGUCUACACAACGACGAGACUUGGUACCAUUUGUCAAAACCGUCGAUGCACUAAAUAGAGUAUCGCGGACGUUGCAGGAAGAGAGGCGCAAAGAAAUGGUUCCGACAAUGACAAGCAACGCGAAGUACACCAAUACUCCAGUGCUUAAUUACCAGCCAACAAGUUUCGACACCGUCCAAAAUCUGGUAGCUACCGAGUUGCCCGACUUCGACAUGUCAACCUUCAACAUGCCUGGGUAUUCUGCGAAUGCUGAAGGCGACUUUCAAUCCCUUGGAUUGUUCAGGGCACUAGAAAAUGAAUUUGUUGCACGAAAUUGGCAAAGCAACUGGUGGGAUCUUAAUGGCGGCGCGGAUGAGAGCAUGAAUCAAACAACUGCAAGCGGUGUACCCCAAGUGUCCAACAUGGGUUAUCCUCCAAGUGUUCCCGGAAAUAUGAUGUAG